CAUCACAUUCUCGCCCCGUCAAGCAUCCAUCCAGCGCCUUCUGCAACGAUGAAAGUACGCAACCGAACAAUCUGUCAAACGUGUAGGUUGCGCAAAAUAGGGUGCAAUGGGGCAAAGCCUGCUUGCUUGCAAUGCACUCAUUCUGGGCGCGAAUGCUCUUACCCUACAGACUUGUUGUUUGUUCCCGAAACCACAGCUAAGAAAUCGAAAACCCCUGCUAAAAAGUCUGAGAAGAGAGUGGUUACCUCCAAUGCUAUAAGUGACAAGCAACUGUUACGACCGAGACUACCUCUUAUGAUCCCCGGCAUACCGGACAACCCCUUACAGGGCAAGGUUCUGCUUAUCAUGCAAAGUUUCAUGCCAGAAGGUGAACUAUAUGUCAUUCACCAAAAUAAACCAACCGAAUCUCGCAUUUGUGGCAAUUGGGUUGAAGUCCUUCCCAUAAUAAGUAGUGGUGGGCAAGGACACGCCCUUUCAUCAGCAAUACGCUGCCUUGCAGCAUCCAUAUCUGAUUUGCGGCAGAGUUCGCACUCCACACGUACCGAACUGCUGUAUAAAUAUGGUCUAGCAAUGCGUUCGUUGAAGGGAGAACUAGACGGGUCACAUACAGACAUAUCGUCACAAGAUGAAGUCGCUGUGGCCAUCAUGUGUCUCACGUUGACGGAGAUGAUAUUACCAACUUCAAGUAAUGGCUGGUGGCGCCAUAUAGAUGGUGUUGGUGAGUGGAUGAGGCUCUGGCCUGCCGAAUCAUUCAGUUUCGGAAUCCGUCAUAAACUUUUCGCUGGGUUCAGACCCCUAGUGAUUCUGAAAGCCUUUUCAUCUCGCAAAGCUUCCUUUCUUUCCGGUGAGGACUGGAAAAGAAAACCUUUCGAGUUCCAGAAAGAAUCGCGAAUGCAGCUUCUGUUUAGUGAGGCUUCCAUCAUACCUACAGUUCUUGAAUUAAUCGAUACCCUUGAGCAUAGCCCUGCCUGUAUAGCUGAAUCAAUUGCCACAGAGGCCAUCUACCUACUCAAAAGAACCUAUGAUCAAUUACAAGACUGGGGCGACCCAUUAGGUGCAGAGCCAUCUAAUGGCGUGUUUUGCUGGAAGGUUCCUUCAAAAAGCUCGUCAGCCUGGGCAGGCUAUAAUAUAUGGUUUCCGAGCGUAUCUGUCGCCAACGUUGUUAUGCAUCUUUGGACGUUCAAGGUAGUUUGCUUGACUGAGGUUCAAAACCUCCGGACCAGAUUCCCCCAUGUGUCUUGCGCCUGGCCAGUUCCAGUAGACUGCGAACUAGGAGAUUAUCUCCAGGAGACCUAUAGGGAGCUCUGUGUUAGGAUUGUUCAAGGUACAGAUUUCCUGCUCCAGGAUCGUCUGGCGCUGUUUGGACCAUUGUCUAUCGUGUUUCCGCUCACAACGGCUUGCGAGGUAUUCAAAAUAGACGGAGAGCCCAGCGCAGCCUUAUGGAAAUUUACUAGUAAUACACUCCAGAGAAGCCUAUUAUCAAAGCUUCAACUGGGAUCAUGCUAUUUUCACUAGUUAUAUUAGAUCAAAAAAUAAUAUAGAAUUAAUACUCAA